AUGAAGGAGUCACCAGGAGGAGGAGGAGGUUUCAAGAAGACGGGCGAAAAGUUUGAGGAGACGCUCGGCUCGGUGCUGGCCAGCUUGGAACGAUUUGGACGACCGCAGACGGAUUCCUCCUCUUCGAUUAUGGGAGGUGAUGAAGAAGAAAAGAAGAUUGCUUCUGGUGGUGGAGGUCAUCAGUUCAAUAGCUCCACUGAAGUGAAGCGGGCUCUGGGAAUGCCAGCUAAAAGCAUCAGCAGCAGCAGUUGGCAGUUUUGGUUCUGGCGCUCUGACCAGCGUUUCCUUAAGUGGGACAGUGGUCUGCAGAAGUUGGGUACGCCCUUUCAGACGGUCGGACAGAUGCGUGAACUCCUCGGACAACUGCUCGAAGUCCACGAAGUCGCCUUGCCCAGCGACUACUCGGUCUUUCGUGAGGGCGUCAAGCCGACGUGGGAGGACGUGGCCAACCGAGAGGGCGGCGAGUGGAGUCUGGAGUUUGCCCGGGCUGAUGUCGCCCUGGUGGCCGCCAUUUGGCGUCGACUGCUCGAGUUUAUCUUUGAGGGAGGUGAAGAAGGUGGUGCUACGGCUGCUGUUGAAGGUACAGUGGCUGAUGACAAGUCCACCGCCAGCAACAUCUUUCCACUGAACUCCACCGCUCGAAGUCACAUUUGCGGCCUGAAGAUUGGCAUGCGCUUCAAGGCGUACCAGCUGUCGGUGUGGACUGGUCCCGUCGUCGAUCUGGAGAAGACGCUGCAGGUGGGAGUUGCCGUCCAGCGCACCAUUGCCGAUCUGGUCGGGCGAGUGUCGCCAAGCUUUGAUCAGCAGCAGCAGCCGCUGGUGCUGCACUACCGAGUGCACAAGAGUGCCCUGGUCAAGGAGCAGAAGAAGCGAUCGUUGUGCCACAGUGGAGGUGCUGGUGGUAAUCAUCUCAAGAUGUUCUGA